AUGGAUUCCUCAUCUCUUCUCCAACUCCAAUCCCAACGCGUCAACCAAUCCAACGAGGACCACCAAUUAUCGGUCAGCAAAGGGCUCGACUUGAUGCCCGAAUACGACCGGUUCAAUUCGACCGUCGAAUGUCACGACGACAAGCAUCUUGCAGAACUGCUCGGCGACUCAGAGCAGCCGAAGAUGGACGAGCUUAAGCUGUCGAUUCCCAUGCCAAACUUUCUGAUUGAUCCCCAGGACGGCCAAUUUACGCCGUACUUCGAGCGCUCUCCAGUCUCGACGCCGGACCAGGAAUACGACGAGCCGCACUACUUUGACCACCCCUACACCUCGCGCGACUCGUCGCCGGACUCGGUCCUGAGCCCGUUGCGCUCCCGGGCCACCUCGAUAGCCCUGAAGAAGCUCAUGGAGACCCAGGCGCAGAUGCUGCUUGACAUCAGCGCGGCUUGGAAGAAGAAGUACCCUGUGGACGCAUCGGACGAGGCGCCCCGGAGCACGGCCCACGACGAGCACGAAACAGCAGCGCCCUGCAUAAGUAGCAGCAGCAGCAGCAGCAAAGCUUGCGAGGUCCCGCCGGUGCCGACCAGUGCCACCCAGCCCGCGUCCCUCCUCCCCGCCAACCCUAUCUUCCCCUCCGCACAGCUCCCCCGCAAGAUCCGCUCCAUGUCCCAGAAAUCCUCCGUCUCCCUCGCCUCCCUCGUCGACCGGCUCUCGCUCAGAGAUAUCGACAAGUCCAGCCUCUCCGCCGACGUCGAGAGCUGGAAACGCGACGCACUUCAGUCCAAACUCAAGGAACAGUCUACCCGCAACUGGAUCGACUGUCUUCCCUCCGACAACCAAUUCGACGACCCCUCCCAAUCCCUCUGA